AUAAUUUCACUUCAUUAGCCUAGAUCUAUUCGACGUCUACUUACGAGCAUUCUUAUUUUAUUUUCUUCACCGUUUUACCUUCGUUCUAACACUAGCACAUUUCCUUCGUUAUACAUAAAGUGAUUCAGCUUGUAGCAGAAAUCUACAAAUCACAAUCCAGACAAGAUGAUCUUGAAUUUUCAAAGCAUCAUCGUUUGUAGCGGCAUCAUCCUUGUAUCAGUCUUGAUACGUAGCGAUGCUCAUCAACAUGGUUCUUACAUGCGAAACGCAGACGAUGGUUUCAACUACAGAACAAAUUGGAUGAGCAACAUCCAGAAUCAUGUUCGACUAAGUGAACUGGCCAUUCCUGGUACACACGACAGCUCUACUUUCAAAGGAUACGGCGGUGACUCGGCGACAACUCAAGUUCUAAGUUUCGACCAACAGCUGAACUACGGAAUAAGAUUCUUCGACAUCAGAGUGAGACAUUACGCAAACGCAUUUGCGUUACACCACGCUUUUGUCUAUUUACAUGUAAAUUUCGAUGACUUUUUAGAUAGUGUCAGUAAUUUCCUCAGGAGCAAUCCAUCGGAAACAGUGCUCUUCAGAUUGAAGGAAGAAUAUGAUUCGGAAGGCAAUUCAAGAAGCAUUGCUGAAACACUGCAAUGGUACUUGUACAAGCACCAGGGCACUUACUUGAAGACCAACAACAGGGACAUCAAUUUGGGAAGUGCCCGAGGGAAGUUCAUCAUACUAUCGGAUAAUUACCAGUUUGAUUCAUUUGGAUUACAGUAUGGCCAAUCUAACAUACAAGACAACUAUAAUUUAGGGACCAACUGGGACUUGUACAGCAAGUGGGAGAGUGUAAAGAACCAGUUAGAAAACGCCAAGAACGGAGAUCCUAAUACUUUUUACAUAAAUUACCUGUCCGGAUCUGGGGGUUCUUUUCCGUACUUUGUAGCCAGUGGCCACUCUUCCCCAGGGACAUCUGCUCCCCGGUUGGCCACAGGAAUGACCACUCCUGGAUGGAGCAAUUCUUCCCCAGAUUUCCCUAGGAUUGACUGUUUCAUAGGAAUCUGCACAAUUGCAUUUGAAGGUACAAAUACACUGACUUAUGAUAAAAUUCGUGAAUAUAACGAAAACCGUGGAGGUAGCCGGAGGACUGUCGGAAUCAUUGUUGCAGAUUUUCCUGGCGAUUCGCUGAUAGACGUCAUCAUACGUAACAAUUGAGGUGGAUAACAAACUUAUAUACUUGUUUUGUGAAGAGAUUGUUUAAUUUCAAGAACUCUGAAUAUUAACAUGCAUACCAUUGUC